AUGGAUCACCGGUACCAUGCAGAACCUGUAUCUUUACUUCCAAUUUGCUAUCCACUCGACAAUCUUGUUCGCCUAGUAAAUACCAGAUGCAAUUAUUUGAGCUUUAGCUGUUUAGCUUUAGCAGUAAAUAAGCAAAUUGCCACUAUGGUAUUCAGGUUAACAGGGUGGACAAGUGUACUGCAAUUAUCUAUAGCAUACCUUAUGUUACAGGGUGGUUCGUUAGCGAAUUAUGAAAAUGGUCUUAUCGGCUCACCAGAAAUUCAGUGUAAUUCAGAUGCCAUACAAAUGGCAUUUAGAACAAAACAUCCUUUUAAAGAUUGCAAAGUAGAUUAUAGUAGGACAAAUCAAGAUGGCCAACCAAUUGGUGGUAUUAAACUUAGUCAUGGACAAUGUGACAUGGAUCGUCAGAGAACGAUUCAACCAGAAGGAAUGCAAUUUUCAACAAUUCUCAUUAUCAGCUUUCAUCCGGUAACCUUAUUUAUAACGAAAAUUGAUCGAGCUUUUCAUAUCAAAUGUAUGUAUCAGGAAUAUUCAAGAACGGUCAAAUCAGGAAUCGAGGUUAGCUCAAUUCCUACACAAAUAUUAAAUAACGAAUUUCCUAUGCCAAAAUGUACUUAUACGAUUCGUAAAGAUGAAAUUGAUGGACCAAUUUUAAAAUAUGCUCGAGUUGGUGAUCAAAUUGUACAUCGAUGGGAAUGUGAGUCGGAUUUGUAUGGUCUCUUAGUUCAUAACUGCUAUGUUGAAGAUGGACAAGGUGAAAGGCAACUUAUCAUCGACGGAAAAGGAUGUCAUACUGAUCAUAUGCUACUUGGUGAUCCGACAUAUAUCGAAACACUCUCAAUGGCAUAUCGAGAAUCAUUGGUUUUUAAAUUCGCUGAUCGAAUUGUUGUCCGUUUUCAAUGUGAAAUAAAAUUAUGCCUGAAGGAAAAUUCUGGUUGUUCGGGAAUUACAGUUUGUUUCUUUUCUCCACCGAUUUGCAUGAACUUUAAUGAACCAUAUAAGAGCGAAGGAACAACUGAAUUCGAUAAUUUGAGGAAUGCGCCUAACAUCUAUAUCAAUGCAAGCAAUGAAGAAAAUCCACGUUUUCCUCGAUCAGUGAAUUUAUCGAGGCUAAAGGCGACGGCUGAUACCGACCUAAUUUCUCAAUCCGUUUAUGUAUUUGAUAACGAGGAUAUCAAUGAUCAAACAAUCGAAGACGUAGCGCUUCAUUUAAAUCCUUCUUUGGAAAAGGAUGUUUGCAUAAGUUCGGCAAUUUUUAUCAUUCUUCUCACGAUGUUAAGUAUUCUUUUCAUUAUAUUAUCUACAGUCGCUUUAUGGAUUGCUGUUAACUGCAUACGGUAA